UUUUAUUUGAAAUAUCAGAAAAUAUUUUUCUGAUAUCCGAAAGUGAUAUGAUCUUUAUUUGAAAUAUCAGAAAAUAUUUUUCAAUCGUUGAAUAAGUCCUGUUUUUAUCGCUCCUCGAAGAGCUCGUAUAUGCAUAAUUACAGCAUCCGUAAUGAUACAGCAAUAAUACAGCGUGUAUCGUGAAUUGAAAACAUAUUGCGUGACGGGGGACAAGGUAACACAGGUAAAAAAGCGAGUAUCCGUCGACGGGUAGAUUAGUUCGAGCGAAUUAUUGGCAUCGUAUCGGUGUCAAUGAGUAACACGUUCGCGACGAUGCUUCUCGUGUAAAAUCGAACAGGCUUUCUCAUAAUCCCGCGACAAACAUGAGAUCGAUAUACAUAUACUUCUAGCACGUAGUAUUUGGCGCGGAUCCUCGUUCCGCUUGCGUGUACCAACCAACUGGUUGGCAUACGCCGAAACCACGCCGCAUUAUCCAUAAAUAAGUGGUAUCCGCUUCGAAUGAAGCGCGUAAACGCGACCACAGGUAGACGGGAUUAUUGCUUCAAUGGUAUCUGUUUCUCGUACGUUCGAGAAACGUAUGCACUCGAGGAAAGGCUAAAGGCCUACCCGAGUCUUUAGGAUCUCUUUCCACGUAUUACAUACCAAGUUGCGGAACGUGGGGAACAGAAGGAAGAACGGGGUCACGCACACGUGUCGUGACACGAACGUCGUUUCUUGAACGGCUUCAUGGCUAGACGCGCGAACGAGACGGCCCGUAGCAACUAUUAACGCGUACGGGGUCACCGAUGACCGGUACCAUCAGUUUCAAUUAUUUAAUCAAGUGAAAAAUGGAAAAAGCGAUUUUUACAACAGCAAUCAAAGUAUCAACGUUCUGACUGCCGCGGGUAUAAGCACUGACGAGUUUUACGGAUUUAAUGUGCCUAAUUGAAUAAUUAACACGUUGAACGCCACAGUGAAAUUGGGUAUUUUUUGUGGGACGUAUUAAAGCUCUAAUUACUAAGAAUAGUAAUAAUUAAUUUUCAAAUUUCAAGCUUUCUAUUUGGCAUUUCACAUUAUUUGUACCAUAGCAAUAGUACUUAAAAUAAUGUUUUUCUAUUGUUUUCUUUUAAUUAUCCAGGCGUGUAUAAGUGACUCCCAUGGCGUUCAACGUGUUAACGCGUUAAUUGCUGUAGAUUUUUUAUGGACUUUUCUAAUUGAAUAUGCUUAUUUGUUACAAUGGGGGUUGAAAUUAAAAUUGUUGGUUAUUUAAUAUUGCAAAUGAGUCCACGUGUUAUUUGAUAUAAUAGAAGAAAAAUUCCGGCUAUUAUCUCGGUCUCGAAUGGGUUAAUCUUGCACGAGACACCAUGCAUUUAAUGGGACAGAACCUUGAGGCUUAAUUAGCCGCGUGCUCGUUGCUUGGUAUUAAUCAUUCGUUCGGUAAAUCACUCGUAUCAAUGUUGGAAAUGGCCAGUGUUUCGGCUAUUUUCGACGGACAGUCUGCCGGAUCGGUUUUAUUUCACCUUCUCGGAAGAAAUUUUCAUCGUAAUCCCGAGCUUUUCCCCGUCAAUCUAGCCUGGUAAAACCGCGCUGCCAUGAUCGAAGAGUUUCACAGGUUUCCUAGAAGGAGACGCGUGUUUCUACUCGGUUUUGUUAGGAUAGAGAUUCCGUGAAUUUCACGGGCAAUUUUUAUUUAUGACAAAGAAGACAGGUAGCAAUCGUGACAAGUGAAAUAAGCCGUUACUUAUUGUUAGUCUAGAUCUGACUGCGCUUUGAUCAACGAGAAUAAAGAUCUUUUCAAAUUUAUCAAACGGUAUACAUAUAACGCAUAUCACACUUUUCUGAACAUUAAAAUUUGAUUGAUUCAAUUUAUAAGAAAUAACGUUAGAAAAUGAAUGUUAAUGCAGUCGGUACAGUUCCUAUUCUAAAUUCGUGCAUGACAUAGCACCGAUGUUACUGCAUGACAUAAUACCGAAGCUAAUGGCACGAAACGUUACUAUUGCAUGCAGCGCUCUUUAAGAUCUAGCUCAGGAUGUAGUUGAUUGAACAAGUAUAUGUUAGAUGAUCAUAGAUUCUUGUUUUUUUUCUAAAUUAUAAUUUUUCUUAAUUUUUCAAAAUAUACCAUCGAUAAAUCGGCGAUGAUUGAUCAAGUCUUCUUUUAAAUUUAAAUCUCCAUUCGGUAAAUGAGAAAACUUUUCUAUCGGUACAAAGAAAAUUCCUUUAUACAAUUACUCGUAUAUUUUCUCUAAUUAUGCAAUUAAAUUACCCCCGUGGAAGUACGACCCGUUAGUCACCGAUGACCGAUACGGCAGCAGCCCGGUAAAGGGUUAACAUCUCGCGGACGAGGAGCAGUAUCGAUGCCGGGAAAACUAGUGAUUUCCCUUAGCUUGCAAGCAUAGCUGCCACCUGACGAGCUUUCGGUAAAAUAGACCGUUGUCCGUAUAGUGGCGACUCCCGUCGGUUUCGUUCGAAACGAUGAAAAGCUCGAAGCUUUUCAGCCAGCAAAGCUCCGCGAAGUCGCACGCGACGAACGAACGGGCAAAAUUACCGGCGCGGCGCGUGCGACGACCUUGCGAUAUUCUUGCGUACCGCUAAAAAUAAUUUGCACAUUUUAUAAUACGACCGGCAAGGACUGACCGACCAGCCGAUCGUCGAUCGUUUUCUCCACGGCAUAUUUCGAAAAAUUCGUACCACCCGAUCGCUCGUUAAACAACGACGAGACUUUUCGUCGUCGAUCCGACGGGGAUUUUCACGAUUAAUCGCGAUCGAUCCUUGUUGAAAUAAGAAAUAAAUAAUCGAGAGUACAAAUAAGCAGGAACCGAUCGUUGGGUCUGCAGAGAUUCUAAAUAUUGACGGAGGAGAUGAAUCGCUAUACUGGCAAACGAUUGUUCGACGAUGUUAUAUAAUAUCGAUAUAUUGCCGUAUUUUGGGGGAAAAUUGAUUUUCAUUGGUAUUCGAAAACGGGAUAAUUAUCGAUACGAUCGCCAGGUGACAUUCGAAGUUGCGACUAAAUAUCUCGCGCAGCUACUCGACUCCCAUCUAAUUGUAUUGCCAUUAAUCUAAGAGACGUUUUAUUUUUGGCUUAUGCUCUCAUCCAGACGAUUCGAUAUACGAUCCCCGCUGUUGCAAAGCAUUAAUUUAAUUAUUUUAUUUCGCAGUCACGCUUAUUUUAGCCGUCGAUUUCGCUUGUCUAAAUUUCAAUCUUAUAUAGACACUUUCAUAUACAUUUAUAUCAUUCCCUAUCGAAGGUUCGAUACCUUUGAAAAUGUCAUCUUCCAUUUUUCAGAACUCGAAAUUACUCGAUUUGAUAGAGAUUCAAUGUUACAACAAUUUUCAAUAAUUUCAAUGAUUUGAAAUAACGAAAUUGCUCUUCUGGCUAAUUCUGAUUGGCGAUUAGAUGCCAGUACCGUUCGUUUCUUUUGAGAGGACCAGUAGAAUACCGGGAUUCGCACGAUGUAUACGCGGCACAGACCAAGUGGUGGCGAUCAUGUGAGCACCAGAACAGAAUUAACACGAAGGGGGGCCAAUCCGGUAUUUUUGGCGCGAUUGUCCGGCGAAAAAUAGAUUCGUAUGGCGGUUCGGAUUAAAAGACGCCACUGGGACGAUUAUUCUGGCGCUGUUACGCUACCCGUGUCCUUCCGUAAUUCUUUCUCUCUCGCACCUUCGUCUUUCUCACCUUAGUUUUGUCCAUUUUAAUUCACUUUUUAUUCAAUCAUUUGAAAACGUACAGCAACGCUCUUCGCUACCGUCAUUCUCAUUUUCAUAUAUUUUUAGCGAUGGUUCAUCGUGGUUAUCAAUCUCGAAUGCCAGGAUUCGAACGUGCUCAUUAAAAUCGUUGCGUAAUUCCGAAUCGCAAUGUAACACACCUUCGUCGCUGGAUAAGUAUCAAGGUUUCCAAGGUAGCCGAAUCUUUGGGUAUCCAAGCCACUCGGUAUUCAACUCUUGCCCGAGAAGUGUAUAUUUAUUCUUGCCGCUUACUUUUUACGCUUGAAACUCUAAAUAUUAUCGCGUUGGGAUUUGCGUAUAUACACUUUUUCAUUGGUUUGACGUUAGAAACACACUCCCUCCCCUUUAAUUCUCGAAACGUAAUUGAUUAAAAAUCCUUCGUAAUGACCCGAAGCUCGCUAAACAUUCUUUGUACCGAUACCGGUGUAUUCUUUCCAUCGAGACAUUUCGAAAAAAAAAAAAAAAAGGAAAAAGAAAAAUGGUUUGAUGGAUUUAUGAUUCUUUCUCGUCUGAAAGAACAGAUACUUUUACGAUCAGUUGACUGACGGUGGAAUGAAUCGACGUGUCACGAGGUUGCGAUCGCGCGACAUUCCGCUGUUUGUUAUGCCGGCGGAGACUCACGUGGCGAUGCAAAUGAUUUUAAAUAGGCCUGGCCGAGAGUUCGCUCGAAAUAGCGACAAUCAGUCGAUGACAUUACGCGUCGCUCUCUUCAUGACGGCAGGUUCGACAUCGGUCAUCAGCCAACUCAUCCCAGUGGAUCGUCAUCGAUCGAUGACGAGCAGAGAGCUUCUGCGUCUUGCGAUCAACGACUCGUACUCUACUUUCAUUCAUGAACGUCCGCUAUCUUGUACGAAACGUUCUUCCUAUCGGAGCAUUUCAGUUAUGUAAACUGAAUCGACAGACGAGGCUAUUGAUUUUCUCGAGCGCAAUUGUUAAAACGAGAAUACGCGAUUUUUCCUGAUGAAUGGGAAAUGAAAUUUUCGUGAGUUACAGAGUAAUUGGUAUCACCGAUCAAAUACGAAACGUUAUUUCAUCAAACGUGACAGAUAGAUAGCCAGUUUUAUUAUAGGGGUGUUCAAUAUUGACGUUUUAUCAUGACAGUAGUAAAUCUCACAUACUGGUAGCUCAGCACGUUCUUUUUUCCUUUGCGAAUUCACCCUCGGAGAAUUACGAAUAAUCGGCAGGAUUAUAUUCGCAUCGGAGGAGAUUCAAGAGGAUAGGUUUUAUUUAAAUUGCUAUUCAAGACGACUUCUCAAGAGGAAUACCUAAAAAUUUGCAAAAUCAUUCGAACAAUUUUUCCUAUUCCGAAGGACACAAACAAUCUUUUAGGAAUAUUUGCAUAGAAAUGGCCGCUUAGGUCCGCGAAACCCGCUUUCUUAACGAUAAGAAACUUUCGAAACGCGCGGACAAGUACAGAUAAGAUUCCCCGGCAGACGCCUCGGCGUCUUGAGUAGAAAUACGAACAUAAACGCUGAAGAUAGCGUUGUCGCGAUAAUUCGCACCUUUGUCGAUUUUUUAUCAAAUUCCAACUCGAUCAACCUAUUUGAUUAAAAAAAUGUUCAUAAUUUUAUCAUUUCUUUUCGCGAAACGACGGAUCGAAUUUCACACAGAACACGGAUUAAUCAUCGAACUCGCUAUUGAUUCUUCGUCAGCUUUCAUAUUUUUUUUUUGGAGCGAACCAUUCACAGGUUAGAAAUUCGGAGCGCAAUCAUCAAUAAAUCAGUCAGCAAUUUUCCGGGCGAAAAAAUAGUCUCGGCAGAGCUAGUCGGCCCCUGAUUUACGAUCGCCAUAUAGCAGAGACCAGGGUGUGGUCUGACUUGCAUUAGAGAAUGAGUCUCGAAAUAGUCCCGGACGUGGAAUAUAUCCCCCGGAAUAUUAGGCAAUGCCCCCAUAGCAAUUUUUACGUCAAUGGUUGCGCGCGGUACAAAGAAAUGUCCCACAUUUUCACUCCCGCCAACGUUGAGUAAUCGAUGCUCCCUUAACCUUCCUCUUGCAUCUCUGAAAUUCUUUUCUCAACUUUCGUGUUUCUCUUCUUUGUUUGCCACUCCCCUCUCUCAACCAUUUUUCUCUCCAACUUUUCCUUCCAAACGAAAUUGUACGUCGUCGAUCGGUUGGAAGGAUCCUUUCGCAACGCGCACUGCUAAAUUUCUCUCGAAGCACGUAAUUUCGAAUGCAACGAGACAAAAGUUUGCGGCAGAGUUGCUUGAACCGACGAAUUUAGACGUUGCACGUCCGCCAGGAAUUUCUUCUUACCGUUUGGCAAAGAAAAUUGAUAUUGCCGACAGAAUCUCCUCGAUUCGAAAGAGUUCGCCAUCCUGAGCGUUGAUAUCGAACGAAUUACACAACGAGACCGGAUCUCUACAUAACUUUCCCGUAAGAUUAUUAUGACAACCCUUCGUUCCGCUCCGAUAUAUCUUCAGACGUCGUCGACUUUCCCCGACGGCCAGUUCGUCUGGCAGCGAUUCUUCAUCACCGAUCUCGAAGAAGAAACACACGCCUCGAUACCGUCAGUUUUCCAAACCUUCCGAUCUCUCUUCCUUCGCGGUCGUUACUCGCUAAAAGAACUACAUAUUUCCGACGCGUUCCGAAGCGACGUAUCCGUUCCGUUCGGAAAAUCUGGGAGGCUGUUACGAAAACACCGGGAGAACCGCGUCGCAUUUUGUCGCGCCACUUCGCGCGUCGUUCGGCGAGGGUUAAAAAGCGUGCUCGCGUCGCGUUAGCGGUUGUCGAUCGUUAUAAACAAAUGGCGAAGGCGGGGAGGGGGGACUAUCGUACUAUGAGAUACGCGACGGCUGGCUGCACGGAGACCUGGCUCGCCAGAAAGACGGCGUCGGUAUUUGGCAAACGAUGACAGCGUGGUCGAGACACCACCUCCGGCUGGUCUCUGCUCCCAGGAACCCUAGACCCAAGUCUCUGCGCCUCUUCCGUCCUAUCUUCUCUCUAUAAUAUCUUCCUCCUCCUCGUCUCUCUUCGUCUUCAUCCUCGUAUUCGCCUCUCGCUCCCCUUUUCUGUCUUUCGCAUUCGCUGCUCUCUUCGCGUUAAGAGAGGCACGGAGAGAAGAGAAGGGGCAAAGACGCUUUUAGACACGGAGCGUCCACGAGCGUCGCGACGCCUUGAGAAGCAGUAGUCGCGUACCUUAGGCAGCUUCCACCUUGCCGGCUCGGCUCGCGGCCGUACGUAACGUGAUUCUUCGCCACGUCUGCUCCGAAACAUCCCCGCGAUCGUGACGCGCUUCUUUGUCCACUCCAGGAACCCAUAUGUCGUAUGGGAACAGAGAUACGCGUGGUAGGAUACCUUAAAGAAAGGGGAGCAAGGACGAUCUCAGUGGUUCUCAAUUGGAGAACAAUCGGUGCUCGGUGGUAGCGAUCUCUAACGUGAAUCAGUUCACUUUGCCACAAGAUUCGUGGAUGCUUUUUCUGGAUAAAAUAUAGACAAUCGGUUACUGUUGUCUCGACAAAGUCGAUCCUCGUGCUUGUCAUGACGUAGAAUGCGUGUCAAUGAGAAUCGCUCGAGAAGAGAGAGAGAGAGAGAGAGAGAGAGAAAGUGUGUCGCGCUGAGAUUCGAGAGAAGGUGUAGAAAAAGGAGACAGUGGUCGGCUGAAUUUCGCUGGCAUCUGCGAAGUCUAAAUUAAUCUGGAGCCCGUUGUUGUUGAAAUUACGAACGCGGGCCUGCUGUUGCUAGUCGGCGUAAAAACAGCGUACGCGGAAUAAAACUUUCGUACGAGGAAUAAAAAUAAGCGUGAUACUAAGAAGCAGGAGAGAAUUGGAUCGGUUUCUACUCGCGCAUGGAAAGGACCGGUGAUUUCCCAGUCUGGACGAACAAGUGGUCAUUCGACACUUUGUAUCUAGGAAAAACGCUAGAUAACACUGGUCCGUUUGAAUCUUUCUCUUCGUGCAGAAAUAAGCGCGAUUACGCUUUCUUCUAAAUACACGCGUAUCCUCGAGCUUGCAUCCUUGAUCGUUCUUCUUCGCUAUCAGCCAGAAACUUCACAGUUAUCGUUGCUGAAAUAAAAAAAGAAAAAGAGUUCCUUCGAGGUGACAGGGUCAAUAGUGCGAGAGUGAAGUGCCUGUUCUGUUAGAUGAACGGUGGCUCGACAGCGAGCGCCGAUGACAUCGGUCGUGAGUGAAUCUUCCGCAAGGUGUUCGGGAAUGAUAUAAGUGUGUUCCGAGUGGACGACUGUUCGGGUCGUCGAUCGUUGAUCGUGUUCAGAGAGUAAAAACAAUUCGACGAAAGUGGUUCGCGUGGCGAAGAAGGAAAAGGACGCGACGAUGGCGGAGCGUCCUGGGGGUAGGAGACGUUCGCGUCGCGACAGCGUUGAAACGGGGGGUUCGAUACGCGGCACGCCGCCUGCUUCUAGAGAUCGAAGGACUAAACGAUCGAGCAAACCGUCCAAGGAACGAUGGUUGCUCACGAGAAAAACGUGGCGUUACAUGGCGGAUGCCGGGAGACGUUUGAUCCCCGAUGGUACGCACAAUCGGCCCGAGGAUAUCCCCAAGAUAGAGCAAUACUUCCAGGAAGUAUGCCAAAAAGAGCCGAGAUUUUUGCUCUGGCGCAAGGCUUCUUAUCCCGGAACCUUGGGUUUCCGCUCGCAAAGGCGUCGUAGGCAAAUAAAAGGUGGCAGUUGUCGAACGAAAGCCAGCUCGGCCGACGAGGCGGACGACGUUAGAAAUCCGCCUCAAAGUUUUCUUCUUCGAACAACGACAGCCGGCAAGUUCGACCUGGCCAAAGCGAAAAGGGAAUGGUUGCUGGCGUCGGAAGGAGGCAGCACACCCUCGAGUCCUCUGGAGCACAGAAAGUUCCAACAGGAGGACGCCGAGACCAAAGCGUUGGCCGAUAUGUUACAAAAGUACCUGAACAUGCAAAGUGACGUCGCUGGUACGACGAAAUCGAGCGGAAGGUCGGAUGUCUCCGGUCAGCUGGAGGGAAAAGAACCUUUCGAUUAUCAGAGUUUAAUAGAUAAGCUUCAACAACACCUAGACCUGAUUAUCGCCCAGGCGAAACUCGAGGAAUUAUCGGUUCAACGAGCUUCCUCGGAUAAGGAGAAAGUACCCAAGUCGAUGCAACCGUAUCAAGGGGAUUACGUUCAUAAAUCGCUUCUGGAAACUAUCGGUCGUUACUACAGUAAAUCUACGACCAGGGAACACGUAAUCUCGGAUAUUCUGACCGAUCGAAAGCUCCUCGAGAAGCUGUACUUUGAUCUGAGGUGCACCAGAGGCUUCAGAGGACCACGUGCUACCGGUGCUUACACCUCGCCGUCGAGCCGUUGGUGGACCCAUCAACGCACCAGAUUGCCGACCAAAGAUUCCGAAGAUUGGCUAUCGGUCAGAAGGGAUCCCGUUUCCCUGCCACCUCUGAUAGCCGUACAAGAGCCCAGCACCGAUCGUGGCCCCGUAGACGAUUCCGUCCAAACGGACCCUAUCCCUCGCGAAGUCCUCGAUGCUAUCCUCUUAGAGAAAGAGAAGGAGGAAAUGUCGAAAGACACGCCGGUGCAAAAAGCCGGCGGUCGUAGAAGAAGUAGCGUAGACAACGACGACGUGUCACCCUCUGUCAGCGAUACCAUCAAGAGGUACCUUCGUAUGGCACGGAAAAAGUCGAUGGACGCUGACAAAGUGGACAGGUUCAAACGGGUGAAUUACGACAGAAACUUGAGGAAUAUAAAGGCAAAAGGGGAGACUACGAAAGUUAGCGACGACGAGGGGAACAACAAAGGAUGUCAAACCGACGACAACUGGGCCGUUAAUUACAGAGAAAUGUCCUCUAUGGAGAAUCCUUGCGAAAAUCUGUCGGACGCCGACACAACCACUUCGCCACCGAGUAGAAACGCGAGCUCGAGGAGCAGCAUCGACGCUGGCCUCGGCUCGGAAGAACCACUAACCCCGAAGCACCAUCAUCAAUCCUUCCUUUCCCAUCUCCUGCACGGUUCCAACGCGCACAAGGAUAAACCCCACUCGGCACCCGGUUCACCGGCACUCACGUCAUCGUCCACCAAUUCCGCAGGUGGCACAGCGAUGCAGAAGAGCAAGUCCUCGAGCAGCGUGGUACAUCACGGCAGCCGGUUGGUGGCCAAGAAAAUCUGGAAGUCCAGGAGUAAGAGCACCUCGAGGGCGUCCAAUCAACCCUCCGUAUGGACACCUCAGGGAAAAUGCAUGUGGGCGGGAACUGCAGGACGACGCGUCACCCUGCAGGAUACUCCCCUUAGGUCACUGUCAGAAAUCGAGAGGAAGGUCCUUUGCAAGGUGGCUGUCGCGAAGCUUCAAGCACUUAAUUUAGGUGUUCAUAUCAGGCCACCAAGUGUAUGUCUUGGUACCAGUGCCGUUGUCGCGAAACCCAAGAGAAGAGCGCCUUUGCUGAAGAGGAAGGCCCUAACGACGGGUUUCUUCGACAAUAAAGGAAAAGACGACAAGGAAAAGGAUUCGUCCGGUGGCCUGGUAUUUGGCAUACCGCUGUCGCAGUGUUUAGAGAACGAUAGGAUCGCUAGAAUCGCUGCCGGUGAGGUCUCGGACGUUGGUUGUCUGUCGAGGAGUAGCAGACACGGCAGUAGAACAAGCUUCACGAGUCUCAUCGAACCGACUGUGGCAGCUAAAACCGACGAGGGUGGAUCUUGCGAUUCUUUGUCGUCGAAAGGAGGAGCUCUAACCGGAAGCGAUUCCGGAGUGCUCGAGCUUAGCGAUAGCGGCGGUGGAGGUCCUCCAGGAGAAUGGGACGCCGUACCGUGUAUAGUCAGGCAAUGUAUCAGGCACUUGGAGAACACGGGACUUCGAACCCUCGGCGUGUUCCGGGUGUCACCCUCGAAGAAGAGGGUGAGACAGUUACGAGAAGAUUUCGAUUGCGGUCGUGAAACGAAAAUCGGACCUGAUCAAUGUCCCCACGACGUGGCGGCUCUGUUAAAGGAGUUUUUUCGGGAUUUGCCUGACCCUCUGCUCUGCAGAGAUUUGUAUCAAGCCUUCGUUCAUACGCAAAAGAUCCGGAACAGGCGACUUCAGCAAGAGGCUCUUCAGCAUCUCAUUCAGCUGCUGCCCACGCCGAACCGUGAGACGCUCUGGGCACUUCUCAACUUCCUCAGCGUGGUGGCGGCGAACAGCGAAGAUCGAAAGAGCGACACCGGAGAAUGGAUGCCGGGGAACAAAAUGGACACCACCAACUUGGCAACGGUAUUCGCACCAAACAUCCUUCACUGUGUGAAACCUGGACAAAGGUCAGAAGUGUCGGCGGAAAGGGCGGAGGAGAGGAUAGACGUAAUAAAUGUGGUGAGAGCACUUUUGGAACACGCUUCGACAUUAUUUACGGUACCAGCCGCUCUUCUAGAUGAAGUGUACCUGCACAUGAUGGACACCCAUCCGGUCGAUCUGGAUCUCGCCCUUUCUCGACGCGCUGAAGAACAAUGCGGGGACGAGGCGGAUCCGUGCAGCGAGGCUGAAACCUUCUCGGUCGAAGAGACGCUGACAACGUCGACGACGACCACCACUGGCACCACCACGUCUACGAGAAAGGUGUGGACCAGGGAGCAGUGUCUCCAUCAGACAGCUGGCGUGGGUGGAGACAUAGGUCCAAGGCCGAGACGGCCGAAAAGGCCAGGGAGUCGACGAAAAGAGGAGGGCAGGAGUAACAGCGUGGACAGCGGAUCCAGCGAGGAUCCAGCUGAUCCUCGAAGAAAAUCCUCGCCUAUGGUAAUCACCGCCAGUCUAACCAUACCGAUGUCCGGAGCGUUCACGUUGAACCUCGACGAUCCGGACAUACCUUACAUCGAGGAGGCACCCAAGCAACCCAGUGCACCGCCCAGAAGGCAAAGGCAGCGAUCGAUUUCCGGUUGCAGCGAAGGUGGAAGGCAUGGAAGCGACAGUGCCGUCGGUUCCUCCGCCACUUUGUCCGGCGACCAGGCACCAAGUUCCCCACCGUCGUGGGCGUCGUCGCCACCAGCUAGUCCAGACAGUGCUGUUACCACCGUUUCAUACAUACCCGAUCAGCAAGCGGUUCUUCAAAGGGUUUCCUUCACUACGUCGAGCGAAGUGCGCCAAGUGAACAGGUCGAACAACCAGGAGACGUCGAGGAGUAUCGCGGCCCCUUACACGCCGAGCAUCACAAGCAUCGGUGGCGCGGUUCUGAGGUCAAAGACCGCCGACAUCGAGAGGAUGUUACACAUCUCUCGACCCGACACAGGCAUCACCGUGUCGCCGCAAAGCAAGACCAGUUCCACGAACACCUCCUCCGACAGCAAGAAGUAUACCAAGAGACGAUACACGGACUCGAGGCAUCAAACUCGCCACAUCCCUGACUCGGAAACACUGGCGGGCAAAAGUGCGGUAACUGUCACAUCCUCGUCCUCCGUUACGAUCACCUCUUCGUCUUCGGCGACCAGCACACCAAAUCAGCGAGCUGGAGCGCAACCGGUCUGGAAACGACGGGAGCUUAUCUCCAGCGCGCCUAAGGAGAGGGACGGGUAUUUCUGAACGACCAUCCCCAUGAUCGAAUCGAAACCACCUCCAUUAGGCUACGUUUCUUAAUGGAUACAACAAAAGUGAUAUCGUAACGUGCCUUAUUACGUACAGCCAUUUUUUAAGGUCCGUUUAUAUCUACAGACUUUGAACGUGCCAGACACGAGAAAUAUUCUUUAAUACAUUUUUUUAUAUUUUUCUUAUUAACGCUUCUCAGACGAGCGAUAGCAUCAAUUAUCAACAUAUAAAAUCUCAUUAAAAUCUGAGGGAGAUAUUCAGUAAAUCCAGCUUAUAAGUCUCUCUGUCAAUGCGAAUAUUUGGCACCUUCAGUGUCUAAAGAUAUAAAGAAGGAAUCCUGAAGCUGUCCUACCAUUGCCCAAAGGGCAACAACACUCUGGUAAAACUUUAUCUGAAAAAUGAUCGAGAUACCCGAUUCGAUCGUUAAAAUGUCCCGAAGAAAAAGAUGAAUAUAGUCACUGCCGUUCAGACGUGGCCUGGCAAAGUGUUCCUUCGACACUGAUUUCUCAGCUGAUGAGGAAUCGUGUACUACUCGGUGUAUCGUGGGGUGUCUAUUGGUUCCUAGACUACCGUCCUCGCGCUCGCAAAGAUCUCUAUUGAUGAAAUAUGCACGACUAUCUAUCUCAUUCUCUAUCGUUAUCUCUCCUCUCAGACUCCUCGAGGAUUCGUCUGAUCUGGUAUCAAUCGGCCAGAAUGUGACCGGAUAGAGGAUAUUUCUACCUUACGGUUUAUUUAUACGGAAAACGAUAGAACAUCGAUCUGUAUCUACGGAUGUAACAUUCUAAUGCAGUAGCGACUGGUUAGUAGCGAUUUGUAAAUUAUUUUUAUUACUUAAAGCGAAAGGGACUCGAUGUGUCGCAUCGUAUCCUUCGACGAGCCAAAGUUAAGAAAAGAAAACUAGUCCUUGAAACUCGUAUCGGGCCAUUAUAAUCUCUCUCGAUUCAAUCGAAUUCUAUUUUCUAGUUUAUGUUAGAGUACCUUAAUGAUCUGGUAGUUUUGUGAUCUAGCGAUAACGAACGAGAUGAGGCGAACUGAUUGAAUUCUAUCUCUUCUGACACUUUCUUUGUAUCCGUUCAUUUUUUCUCGUUUCUUUCUUCUUAACUUGAAUUCUUCUUGAAUGGCUGUUCGUGCACGUGAAAGGGUUUCGAAACGAAUCCGUGUACUGACGUGAGGGACGCGUGGCCCGAAAGACGCUGUUGUUCGUCGUUUAAGUUUUCAUUUUCAUUCUGUAAGCCAAUAAAUGAAGGUUAAUUUUUCUACCAA